UGCUGUUUUCUCUCCUUUUCCUUACAUCCUCCUUUUCUUUUCCUUUCUAAUCAAACACCCAAAUGGUUUUCCCUUACUAUUUUCUCUUCUGAAUCCAUGAACCAAACAUUUUCUUACACUAUGUUUGGUUAAAGGAAAUUGGAAGGAAAAACAUAAUUCUCUUAUUUUUCUCACCAAAAUGAGAGGAAUUUAGUUUUCCCUCCUCGUAGUAUAUUUUGCCUUCUCAUCAUUUUAUUCCCCUUCCAGUUUCUCUUUCUUUUCCUUUCUAACCAAACAAGAAAAACUCUUUUCCUUUACUAUUUUUGCUUCUUUUCCCUUCUGAAUCCAUGAAUCAAACAUAGUGUUAGGAUUGGAGGGAAGUAUUCCUUUUGAGUUUUACUUUUCUCGUGCUGAAUCCUUAGGUACAUAUACUGCUCCUCUGCUGGUGUUUAUCUCAAAACUGAUUAUUUGCCCCACCACGAAACAGAUGAAGUUGAUGAAAAGAGCAGGCACAAAGGGAAGCUGGAGACAGAGAGGCUAUUGCAAUCACGAAGCAGCCUUAGUUGGACUGCCGUAAGGCCGGUCUAUAUAUAUGGGCCCUUGAACUACAAUCCAGUCGAAGAUUGGUUUUUUCACAGGCUCAAAGCAGGCCGCGCUAUCCCAAUUCCCAACUCCGGGAUGCAAGUGACCCAACUUGGUCAUGUCAAGGAUCUUGCAAGAGCCUUUGUUCAGGUUCUUGGCAAUGAAAAAGCAAAGAGACAAGUGAUUAACAUAUCUGGAGAGAAAUAUGUCACCUUUGACGGAUUUGCAAGGGCAUGCGCGAGGGCUGGUGGGUUCCCGGAACCUGAGAUUGUUCACUACAACCCCAAGAAGUUUGAUUUUGGUAAAAAGAAAGCAUUCCCAUUUCGUGACCAGCAUUUCUUUGCGUCGAUUGAGAAGGCAAAGCAGUUGCUGGGGUGGAAACCGGAAUUCGGGCUGGAGGAAGGUCUUAGGGACUCCUACAACAAGGACUUUGGCCUCGGCACCUUCCGGAAAACAGCUGAUUUCUCAACGGAUGAUUUGAUUCUUGGGAACUUUUCCUAAAAUCCUCCUUUUCAUUGUGCACAUUAUUCCUGGAAAUGAAAAUGAAAUGGUUCUGCAGCACAAGCAUAGAUUUAUUAAAAGAAGAGCUAAAUGAAUUUUUAUUGCCAACAUAUAUUUAAAAAAAUAAACAAAUACUCUGAAAACUUAAAAAAUAAUUGCAAUGUGUGGGUCCAUUAUCUCCUCCCCAUUUUUUUCUCCCAAAAAACCUCACCACCAUAAAGAUAUCACAUUUCUGCAAUGGCCAACCAUUGUCUUGAGUGAUUUCCUUCUCCAAUAUCUCUUCAACAUAUAUCUGUCUCAAACAAAUUUCUCCUCAACUU